GGCGGUGAUCCCGAAAGUCGGGCCGCCAGCUGUGAAAUUUGCCUUCCUGCCGAUCAUUAUUUUCGAGUCCGGUUGGACACUGCGAUGGAAAGAUUUCUUCUCGCAGUUGGGCUACAUCCUUGUUUUCGCUAUCUUAGGCUCCAUGAUCUCCAUGGUGGUUGUAGGUGAGCUGAUCCUGGCCACCAGCCAGUAUCACUCCAUCAGCAACCGCCGGACAGCCUUUGCAUACGGCUCGCUGAUCGCCGCAACAGAUCCGGUGGCGACGCUGGCCACAUACGCCAGCCUCAAAGUGGAGCCGGUGCUGAACAUCAUGGUCUUCGGGGAGUCCAUGAUAAAUGAUGCCGUUGCCAUUGUCAUCUUCGAGAUUCUGAAUAGCGAUGCUAUCUUCGGUGACCCCUGCCAUCCCGUGACGCAGAACGACAUCUCGCUAGCAGUGACGGCAGGCAUCUUCCAGAAGCUGGCCUACUCCAUCGGAAUUGGCCUUGGCGUAAGCAUGGUUCUCAUUCUAGGUCUCCGUUUCGCAAGCCUCAAGCAUUCCCAGCUCAUGGAGAUCCUGUACAUCAUGGCCUCCGCGUAUUUGAUCUAUGCUGUGGCUGAAACCUUGCACUCCUCCGGGAUUAUUGCGACACUGUUUGGGUCAAUGCUUAUGGGUAUCUACGCGAAGCCGCAUCUCUCCGACGAGGGGCUGCUUCUGGCCACAUUCUUCGUGAAAGGAAUGGCUACGUUGGCAGAUACCUUCACGUUUCUAGUCGUAGGCGUCGGGGCAGUGGCCGCCGUUCAUGAGCGGUCCAGGGCCAAGUUCAGCCUUUGGGUGAUGCUUUUCUGCAUCGUCGGUCGCGUUGCCGCCGUCAUCCCCUGCGGAGGCAUUGUCAAUGCAUCGAAAGCAGCCAUUGGCCGGCACAACAAGGCUCCACGCGAAGACUGGUUCAUGUUGUCUUGGCAGCAUCUCUUCAUGAUGUGGCACGCCGGCUUGCGAGGUGCAAUUGCCUUGGUUCUGUGCUGGGAGCUUGGAGACUGGGUCGACGAGAUAGAAGGGCCAGGAACCAAAGAGAUCCUGAUUACCAGCACGCUGGUGGUGAUCUGCGUGUUCUUGCUUUUCUUCGGCGGCACAACGCAGUGCAUGCUACGGUGCCUGAAGAUCCGGAUGGGGGAGGACAUGCCAGAAAACAUCAUGGCAGGCAACACCAUGCUAGGUUGCGCACGGGACUGUGGGCACUUUAUCGACCGUCGGCUGCUGUGGCCCUGCUUGGUGGGUGGCCCAAACAGCAAGGAUGCUUCACUGGAGGAGAUUACGCGAACUGCCUUGCACGAGCUUCUUCAGGAGACUGGCAUGUCGCAUCGCAGCCAGGCCUUCUUUCGGCGAGGAUCUACCACCUUUGGGGCAUCCUUUUGUGCGGAUGAGACCAUCGGGGAUUCCGAGUGCACAACCUCUACAGAAGAGGAUGGCCGCUGA